AUGUCCUCACUCCCGCUGAACACUGGCCAUGUGGUGAUCGCUGGCCUCUUUACCAGCGCUGCCAACGCUGUUAUUACCAGCAAUGGCCCCUCUCCCCAUCACAACGCCUCCACAAGGCUCAAUGGCCGUGUUCCUAUCACCAUCGUCCCCGGCGGCCCCCCCAACAGUGGCACACUCCCCCGCAACACCCCCUACGCUGAGACCGUGGACACUGCGAGGCGUCGUCUUCAAUGGCUGAGGAAACGAAGCAAUCAACUCGAGCGCCGCCAGGCUAUCCGGGAGGCGUAUGGUGACUCCUUAGACCGUCACAUCAUCAACGAGCGGAGGAACCUCUCGCCCAAUCAGCUUCCCACGGAGAGGGAUGAGAAAUACUUCGAGGCCCUCGAUGCUCUCGGGCAUGCAAAUGAACGGAAAGUUCUCAUUGAGAAUAGGAUCUUCAAGGAUAUCGUUACCGAACACGAGCAGGAGCUUUGCCGCAUUGAGAAAGCUGAGCUGAAAAGGGAAGUGGAGUAUCAUUUCGCCAACGCAAAGAGGAUGUUGCGAAAUGACAGUAUGCCUGGAGAGGGGAUUGGGAGGAAGCGGUAUCGUAUCGUUGUCAAACCCCCGUAG